CCAAAGCCACGGUUUCAACCACUCUGACGCGUCGCCUUUGCUCCUUCAGCUCUUCAACAACAUAAGUAGUACUUUCCACUACAUCCUCUCCUGGCCGGGACGGGCCGGGGAAUCAUAGCACAGUCUGGUGCCUUCCUACUUGGCGAUCGAGGCCGAUCAUGGAGCUCGUGAACACGAUCUUCGUCGUGGCGCUGAAGAUCGCCAAGGCGGUGGAGACGGCCCGCGAGAACAAGGCGAUGUGCCUGGACCUCGCCGACCGCGCGAGCACCAUCUGCAACAUCCUGCGCCAGGACCGCGACUCCGGUGCAAUCAUGACGGCUGGCGGCGGAGACAGCCAGGCCAGCCAGAUAACGAGGCGCACGCUGGAGAGGCUGAAGGCCGCCCUCGACGACGCGCUGGACCUCGUCGAGUCCCAGAGGCAGAGCGGCGUCAUCGAGCGGGCCGUCGCCUCCUUCACCGUCGAUGUGGCCCGGAAGUUCCAGCUCCUCCAGACGAGGAUCUCCGACUGCGUCAACGACCUCAAAUACGCCAAGCUGGUCGCUGCUGACCACCGUGCUCAGGAUGACAACACAAGAGCUGCGCCCCUGAAGCCGUCGUCGUUUCCGAGACCGUCGGAUCUGGUGAAGCAGCUGCAGCCGUUGCCCCUGCUGAAGCCGUCGUCGUUUCAGAGGCCGUCGGAUCUGGUGAAGCAGCUGCAGCCGCCGCCCCUGCUGAAGCCGUCGUCGUUUCAGAGGCCGUCGGAUCUGGUGAAGCAGCUGCAGCCGCCGCCCCUGCUGAAGCCGUCGUGGUUUCAGAGGCCGUCGGAUCUGGUGAAGCAGCUGCAGCCGCCGCCCCUGCUGAAGCCGUCGUCGUUUCAGAGGCCGUCGGAUCUCGUGAAGCAGCUGCAGCCGUCGCCCCUGCCGAAGCCGUCGUCGUUUCAGAGGCCGUCGGAUCUGGUGAAGCAGCUGCAGCCAUCGCCCCCGAGGCUGUCGGAUCUGGUGAAGCAGCUGCAGCCGUCGACCCUGCUGAAGCCGUGGGUGCGGUAGCGAAGUCCUUGCAGAAGUACACAAGGACGCCGCGGCAGCAAGGUCGUCGAGUCUUUGAUGUGAUGCAGUUCUUGAUGUAUGUUAUGUUGAGUAAAUAGGCAAUUCUUCGAGUAUAUUAAUCCACGAAAUAAUAACUAG